AUGGCUGUGGCUAUGCUCUUGGCGGGGGCCCUAACCGGGUCGGAGCCAGGCCCCGCGGAAGAACUCGCCAAACUCGAGUAUUUGUCUUUGGUGUCGAAGGUUUGCACCGAGCUGGACAAUCACUUGGGGAUCAAUGACAAGGAUCUAGCUGAAUUUGUGAUCAGUCUUGCUGAGAAAAAUACCACCUUUGAUACUUUUAAAGCUUCUCUUGUCAAAAAUGGUGCAGAAUUCACAGAUUCUCUUAUUAGUAACUUGCUGCGUCUCAUACAAACCAUGCGGCCUCCAGCAAAGUCUUCUACCAGCAAAGAUCCAGUUGUUAAACCCAAAACUGAAAAAGAAAAGCUGAAGGAACUCUUCCCAGUCCUUUGCCAACCAGAUAACCCUUCAGUUCGGACCAUGCUGGAUGAAGAUGAUGUGAAAGUAGCUGUGGAUGUCCUGAAAGAACUGGAAGCUUUAAUGCCCAGUGCAGCAGGCCAGGAGAAGCAAAGAGAUGCUGAACACCGGGACAGGACAAAGAAGAAGAAGCGGAGUCGGAGCCGAGAUCGAGACCGAGAACGAGAUCGAGACCGAGACAAAGAUCUCUCUUUUGACAGAGAACGAGACCGAGAACGAGACCGAGAUAGAGACCACAAGCGGAGACACCGAUCCCGGUCUCGAUCACGUUCCAGGACCCGGGAGAGGAAUAAAGGGAAGUCUAGAUAUCGGUCCAGAAGUAGGAGUCAGAGUCCUCUCAAAGACAGGAAGGACCGGGACAAGUAUGGGGAGAGGAAUCUGGACCGAUGGCGGGAUAAGCAUGUGGACCGCCCUCCCCCAGAAGAGCCUGCCAUUGGGGACAUUUACAAUGGCAAAGUUACCAGCAUCAUGCAGUUUGGAUGCUUUGUGCAGCUGGAGGGACUAAGGAAGCGGUGGGAAGGCCUGGUGCACAUCUCUGAGCUCCGGCGGGAAGGCCGCGUGGCUAAUGUGGCAGAUGUUGUGAGCAAAGGCCAGAGGGUCAAAGUCAAGGUGCUGUCCUUCACUGGGACCAAGACCAGUCUGAGCAUGAAGGAUGUGGAUCAAGAGACUGGAGAAGAUCUGAACCCAAAUCGACGUCGAAACCUUGUUGGGGAGACCAAUGAGGAAACCUCAAUGCGGAACCCAGACAGACCCACUCACCUUUCCCUUGUCAGUGCCCCUGAAGUAGAGGAUGACUCACUGGAGCGCAAGCGCCUCACCCGCAUUUCUGACCCAGAGAAGUGGGAGAUCAAACAGAUGAUUGCUGCCAAUGUCCUUUCCAAAGAAGAGUUUCCAGACUUUGAUGAAGAGACUGGCAUUCUCCCUAAGGUGGAUGAUGAAGAAGAUGAGGACCUUGAGAUUGAACUGGUUGAGGAAGAACCUCCAUUCCUGAGAGGGCACACCAAGCAAAGCAUGGAUAUGAGCCCCAUCAAAAUUGUUAAGAACCCUGAUGGCUCCCUGUCCCAAGCAGCGAUGAUGCAGAGUGCCUUGGCCAAAGAAAGGCGGGAGCUCAAGCAGGCCCAACGGGAAGCCGAGAUGGAUUCCAUUCCCAUGGGACUCAACAAACACUGGGUCGAUCCUCUUCCUGAUGCGGAAGGCAGGCAGAUUGCUGCCAACAUGAGGGGUAUUGGGAUGAUGCCCAAUGACAUUCCGGAGUGGAAGAAGCAUGCCUUUGGGGGCAACAAAGCUUCUUAUGGAAAAAAGACCCAGAUGUCAAUCAUUGAGCAGAGGGAGAGCCUGCCUAUUUACAAACUGAAGGAGCAGUUGGUUCAGGCUGUUCAUGACAAUCAGAUCCUGAUUGUUAUUGGAGAGACAGGAUCUGGGAAGACAACGCAGAUCACCCAGUACCUGGCAGAGGCAGGCUACACUUCUAGGGGCAAGAUCGGGUGUACCCAGCCCAGAAGAGUGGCAGCCAUGUCAGUGGCCAAAAGGGUGUCAGAGGAAUUUGGUUGUUGCCUAGGCCAAGAGGUGGGCUACACCAUUCGAUUUGAAGACUGCACUAGCCCUGAAACAGUCAUCAAGUACAUGACGGACGGGAUGUUGCUCAGAGAGUGCCUGAUUGACCCUGACCUCACUCAGUAUGCCAUCAUCAUGCUGGACGAGGCACAUGAGAGGACAAUUCACACCGAUGUACUCUUUGGAUUGCUGAAAAAGACUGUUCAGAAACGACAGGACAUGAAGUUGAUUGUCACCUCAGCCACCUUGGAUGCAGUGAAGUUUUCCCAGUACUUCUACGAAGCUCCCAUCUUUACCAUCCCAGGUCGGACAUAUCCAGUGGAGAUACUUUACACCAAGGAACCUGAGACAGAUUAUCUGGAUGCCAGCCUGAUCACUGUUAUGCAGAUUCAUUUAACGGAGCCACCAGGUGAUAUCCUAGUCUUUCUGACUGGUCAGGAAGAGAUCGAUACUGCUUGUGAGAUCCUGUAUGAAAGGAUGAAAUCCCUCGGACCUGAUGUUCCAGAGUUAAUUAUUCUCCCAGUGUACUCUGCUCUUCCCAGUGAGAUGCAGACCCGGAUCUUUGACCCAGCUCCCCCUGGCAGCAGAAAGGUCGUGAUUGCCACCAACAUUGCAGAGACAUCGCUGACUAUCGACGGCAUCUAUUACGUGGUGGACCCUGGAUUUGUGAAGCAGAAAGUUUACAAUUCCAAGACAGGGAUCGACCAGCUCGUGGUGACACCAAUUUCUCAGGCUCAGGCAAAGCAACGAGCUGGCAGAGCUGGGAGAACGGGCCCAGGGAAGUGUUACCGGCUGUACACUGAACGUGCCUACCGAGAUGAAAUGCUGACCACCAAUGUGCCAGAAAUCCAGAGAACCAACUUAGCAAGCACAGUGCUGUCACUUAAGGCCAUGGGCAUCAAUGACCUGUUAUCCUUUGACUUCAUGGAUGCCCCACCAAUGGAAACCUUGAUCACAGCCAUGGAGCAACUGUAUACGCUGGGGGCCCUGGACGAUGAGGGCCUGCUAACUCGCCUGGGCCGCAGGAUGGCAGAGUUCCCUCUAGAGCCAAUGCUAUGCAAAAUGCUCAUCAUGUCUGUGCACCUGGGCUGCAGUGAGGAAAUGCUGACCAUCGUAUCCAUGCUGUCUGUGCAGAACGUCUUCUACAGGCCCAAGGAUAAACAAGCCCUCGCAGAUCAGAAGAAGGCCAAAUUUCACCAGACUGAAGGGGACCACCUCACCUUGCUGGCUGUGUACAACUCCUGGAAGAACAACAAGUUCUCCAACCCGUGGUGCUAUGAGAACUUUAUCCAGGCUCGUUCCUUGCGCCGGGCCCAGGACAUUCGCAAGCAGAUGUUAGGCAUAAUGGACAGACACAAGCUGGAUGUGGUCUCCUGUGGCAAGUCCACAGUCCGAGUGCAGAAGGCCAUCUGCAGUGGGUUCUUCCGCAAUGCUGCCAAGAAAGACCCACAGGAGGGUUACCGGACACUGAUUGACCAGCAGGUGGUCUACAUCCACCCUUCCAGUGCUCUCUUCAAUCGACAGCCAGAAUGGGUAGUGUACCAUGAGCUGGUGCUGACCACAAAGGAGUACAUGCGUGAGGUCACCACCAUCGACCCCCGGUGGCUUGUGGAGUUUGCCCCAGCUUUCUUCAAGGUCUCUGACCCAACCAAGCUAAGCAAGCAAAAGAAGCAGCAGCGUCUUGAACCCUUAUACAACCGCUAUGAGGAGCCCAACGCCUGGAGAAUAUCUCGGGCCUUCCGGCGGCGCUGAAAGGCACACUUGUCCUUUGGCCUCUUCUGUAGCCCAGGCUUGGACUUACUCUUUUAGAGGGAAAGCUGGACCCAAGGAUGCAGCUCUUCUGUGACUGAAGAUCUUAACUGGACAUUUUCUAAACCCUACUUUCAUUUCUUCUCUGGAUGGUAAAAUAGAAACAGAGACGUAAACCUGGUAUUAACCAGAACCUCCAUCCAGUUCUUGCCACUCCAAGUCUUGGGGCUGGUCCGGGGCUCAUAGCCAACAGCACGACACAUUGCAUCAUCUUCAAGAAAGCAGCAAAGUGUGCAGCCCUGUGAUGGGAAAGGGAGGUGAACUCCUGGCACGGCUGGAGCUCUCCGGAGGAGGGAGCUGCAGAGAGGCUCACCUGGUGUUGGCCCCACUUCCUGCCCCUCUCCAGCCCCUGUACUUCAGCUUGACCUCCUAGAAAUAUUUAUUUUCUUAAGGAAACAAAAGUGGUUUUCUGUGACCAUUUCUUUUAGCUGAAAGGGUUUUUACAUUGGCCUGGGUGCAGGCUGAGGGAGAUUUGGUGUCUGUGGCUGAGGCCACAUGGUGGAGAAUCUCCUGAAACCAGAAGCUGGCCUCUUCAGCUCAGACGUGAUGCACAGCCCAGCCCUCCAGUCUUACCUGUCAGCACCAGCUAGCCCAGCUCUGCCAGGGGAUUGCCUGGGAUUAACCACAUCCAGCUCACAGAGCACUGGAUCUGGGCGCCUGAGUGGUUGCAGAUGCUGCGUUUUGAACACAGAGGCUCCCUCUCCUACCACGCAGUGUGCAGUGUGGUCAGAAUACUUUUGAAGGAUGCUAAGUAACAACACAGCCUUUAUUUCAUUUUUGUCCCUCCCCUCCACUGGACCCCAGUGGAUUUUAACAAAGGGAAUUCAUGGUGAGUGCCUCCCCUGCCCCACCCCAAACAGAAAUGAGCAUAACACCUCUCAGCCAGCUCCAGUCUGGGCCCACCAGCUGCCUUCUGGGCCUUGUUCUUGGUGGCUUUUUCCUAGCACUUGGUUGGGAAUGGCCACUUCCGAGGGUAUGUCACAGUGGAGGAGGCCCCAUAUGUAGAUCCUCUGGCUAAGUUGUAGAACUUCUGGGAAGAUCUAGAUGUGGAGUUUGUAGAGAAGCCCAGUGUCUCCUCCCCAUCACCAUCUUGAAAUUUUGUAAAAAAAAAAAAGAAAAAAGAAAAAAAAGAAUUGUAUGCCAGAUAUUAAAAGGGACUUUACUACA